AUUUGAAUAUUGUGUGUGUAAAAUGUAGGGUUAUGUUGAUCCGGAGUAUUUCCUAACGCAUUUGUUGACAAACAAGAGUGAUGUAUAUAGCCUAGGUGUUGUGUUUUUAGAGCUUUUGACAGGGAUGCAACCAAUUUCACAUGGCAAAAACCUUGUUCGAGAGACCAUUUGAGCAGAUGUACUCUCUCUUUCUCUCUCUCUCCCACACACACCAGGUUAACAUUGCGUAUGAAUCUGGUAUAAUAUUCUCGAUUAUUGAUGGAAGAAUGGGUUCAUAUCCUUCUGAAUGUGUGGAGAAGUUUGUGAAUUUGGCCAUGAAAUGUUGCCAAGAUGAGUCAGAUUCAAGACCUUCGAUGGUAGAGGUGGUCCAAACUCUGGAAACUAUAGGGCUGAUGAUUCCAGAUUAUUCUCACCCAUUGCUAGUAGAAUCCCUGGGAGGUGACUCAGGAAAGACAUCCACUACUCCACCUUCGUCAUCCUCUAUGAUGAAGAAUCCAUACACGUCCUCAAAUGUUUCUGGUAGUGACCUUGUUAGUGGAAACCUCUCCUCUCGUCUCUACAAUGUUACCUUUCUACACGGAAUUUUGCAUUUAUCUGAAUGAAUACAAACUAAAGUUUUUUCCUUUUUUCGAUGAAAAAAAGGGGUUAAAGUUUCAGUCUUGGUUGCUUUCUUCUUAUGCUGAAAGACAGACCCCCAUUUCUGGUUGUGUGUGAAGUGAUCAGAGAUGCUUCACAACUCUGGUAAACUCUGCUAUCUUGGGAUGUCCAAAACAAAACUCUGUGUCCUUC